CAAAAAAAUAAAAAUUGAAAAUAAUGGAAGUGGUUCAAACUUCCAACCUAGCGAGUGAAUAAGUUAAUCCUCUAGUAUUAACUCUAGAUUACACGAAUGAUGGACUCACGUUGGUAUGAUUAUACAGAGAAAUCACAUUAUUAAUAAAAGUUCUUUGUUCUUUCACCAUUGCUGUAUUAGAUUUAAACGCCUGUUGUUGUUGCUGUGGGAGGUCUGUGAGGGCGUUGAAAAUGUUUAGAAAAAUGGGGUAGGCGGAAGUAGGAUACCUGCUUCCCAGGGCAAGUGUCCAAGUGAUUAGCACUAGUGUUUCAGUUACUUUCCCUCCACCUAACCAUAUGCAUAUCUUUAUAUUUGCUCUGUUUUAAUAAUGAAAUGGCAGGCUGUAACAGUGCAUGCGUCAUGAUUAUCAAUUUUAAUGGGGGUUUCAGCCCUUCCUCAUAUCCGCUCCAUCUUUUGUUAGGGUGGUUUUGUUGUACUAAUCCAUUCAUGUACAUUGCAAUGUUGUCAUGUUAACAAGUAGAAUCCCCGUUUCAACAAUGACUCAGAGAGAUACAGAUAAAGUUGCAGCUUGUUUAUAAUUCAGGUGGAAGCUUUUCGCAUUCAAACCAGAGCUGUGAGGCUCAGGUUUCAGAAUACGGACAAAUAAUGCUGGGUGUGGUUUGCCAUCAUCAUCUCCUUCCUCUAUUCCUUACUGGGUUUUGCAGUGCCAUCAUCAGCAUAUGCUAAACAUGUCACCGACAACCCCUUACCACUUCACUUCCAUUGGACAAUUGGAGAGAACACUAUCUCUCCAGUCUUCACUAUGUUGGGAUUCUAAGAAGGCUCCUUCUUCUCUCUCCAAUGCAUCCAUUCCUUCAAAUGGAGCUCCAACACCAAAGUCUCCUGCCCAGCUGAUUGAUGAGAUUGCCACACUUGAGGUUGAAAUUAUGCAUUUGGAGCGAUAUCUUCUUUCACUCUAUCGUUCAGCUUUUGAGCAGCAUCUACCCACAUUUCCAGGAAAUUCUGAGCAUUUACAACAUAAGGCGGGAUCACCGUUGCAAGUUUUACAAAGUCAACCAUCUUACAAAAUAGAGCCUGAAAUAUGGAGAGGUGGUGUGGUCCAUAGUGGAACUUCUUCCACACAUGGUUGGGCUGAUUCAGAUGAUUGGAAUUAUGCAGCAACUUCAAAAGUAAAAUCUAGAAGGGAUGGAAAGAAUGGUGAUCUUGGUCAUCACAGCCUCGGAGAGUAUUUUGGUGCUUCCCACAUUGAUCACACGCUCCAUACACCAGAUAAACUUUCUGAAGACAUUGUCCAAUGCAUAUCUUCUAUCUACUGCAAACUUGCCAACCCCCAUUCAAGUAGUGCGGGCUUUUCAGUUUCUUCUACCUCGUCCUUGUCCUCCACAAGUACAUUCUCUGUCCAGAAUCUCUUUGAUACUUGGAGUCCACAUUGCAAUGAGGGAGCUACAGGGCACCAUCGAUUUCAAGGUCUGAAAGAGGAAAAUGCACCAUAUGCUGCAAUGGUAGAAGUAAUGAAGUUAUGCCUAGAUGAUGAUAGUUUCAACUAUGCUGCUAGCAUGCUGCAAAAUUUCAGGUCAUUGGUUCAAAAUCUUGCGAAGGUUAACCCAAGGAAGAUGAAGCGUGAAGGAAAACUAGCAUUUUGGAUCAACAUCCAUAAUGCCUUGGUGAUGCAUGCGUAUUUAGCUUAUGGAAUCCGUAAUUGUGUAAAAGGCACAUCUAUUUUAAAGGCAGCUUACAAUGUCGGGGGACAUUGUGUAAAUGCUUAUGACAUACAAAGCUCCAUUUUAGGGAUUCGGUCACACAGGCCAGCACCGUGGCUACAAACACUGCUUUCUCCAGGAAAUAAGUCCAGGAUGGGGAACAGCAAACAUAUAUACGCCAUUGAAUACCCAGAACCGCUUGUUCAUUUUGCCCUUUGUUCAGGGACAUACUCCGACCCUGUGGUUCGUCUCUAUACAGCACAGAAUGUAUUCCAGAAUCUCAAGCUUGCUAAACAGGAGUUUAUUGAAGCCAGUGCCUAUGUUGACAAGGGAACAAAGAUUUUCCUGCCAAAGAUUCUAUCCUACUUUGCAAAAGAUACGUCACUGAGUAUGCACAAGCUUUUGGAGGUGGUGACCGGGUGUGUGUCAGAAGCUCAACACAAGGAAAUGGAAAGAUGCAUGAAGGGAAGGCCUCACAAGUGCAUCCAUUGGCUACCACAGAGCUCGACCUUUCGUUAUGUGAUCCAUGGAGAAUUAGCCAAUGCCAGAAUUGAUGUCUGAUGACUUACUCCUGAUUAAUUGGCCAUAUGGUUGCAUUUAUGAAUGAUAGACACAGCCUUAUUUUAAAAAAAAUAAAAAUAAAGGGCAAGCAUUUAUGUGUUUCUCAUAAUAAAUUAUUAUUAAAGUUGGAGAUGAUUUGAAAUCCAAACGGAAAAAAAA